UUCUUAUUAUACCUACUAUAAAGUCAAAUAUGUUUCCGUUAGAAUGUUAAUCUUAGGUAUAAUCAGGAAAAUAAGAUGUUUUUGUAGAAGAUUCCAAAAUAUCGGACAUUAUAAGAUGCGAUGCCUAAUUUUUAUUUAUUGUUUUUAGCGAAGAUAAUUUUUUUUCACUGAUAUAUCUUUUAUUUUAAUUAUUUUGUAAUUUUACAUUUAAUCAUAUAAUGAGGCAAAUUUUCUGUAGAAAAUGUACCUUCUAUGUCUAUGACAAAUGCUGUAUUUUCUUUUUCUUUACAAUCUAACCCUUAAAUACGUAAACCAGUUGAAGGAUUCAGCGACAGUAUACUAUUCUAAUGAGUUUCCACACGUGGGAAGUUGGACUGUUUUUCCACUAAUAACAACUUUGUUAAAUACACAGGAAAAUGAUACGUCUUGGUACAUUUUUCUUCACGAUAACACAUGGAUUGAUAUUAAAUCUUUACAAACCGUCUUGAAUAAGUACGAUUCAAAAAAAAAAAUUUGGUUGGGCCACGCAGUUUUUGAUAGAGAACCAUCGAUUACACAUCAUUUUGAUUUUGUUGACGAUCCAUCCAAAAAGUUUAAGUAUCCCAUUUCCGCUUCGGGUUUCAUUAUAAGCAGUAGCUUAUUAAAAAGUAUUGGCGAGCGAAUUUUAAAUGAGAAAACAGAAAUCGAUUUUAGUAUCGAUUUUAUAUACGAAUUAUCAAAACUAAUAUGGGACAAUGGAAACGGCGUUAAAGUGACCCACGAACCUUCCUUCUGUCCAUCUGUAACAAGCAAUUGCACUACGUAUCCCGUAAUUUACUAUCCUUGUAAAGAUAUUGUUUCUAAAAAUUCUAUAUAUUUCGCUGUUAAAACAUUUCAUGGGUACCACGAUACCAGACUACCCAUCGUGAAAGAUACGUGGGCGAAGCACACCCCCCAUGUUGGAUUUUUCAGCGAUAUCGAAGACAAGAACUACGGUACCAUUUCUGUAAACGUCCCCAAUUCAGACAAAGGGCAUUGUAUAAAAACGAUAAAAAUUAUAGAAAACGUCGCGGAAAUAAUGAAGUCGAAUAAAAACUACAAAUGGCUGUUCAUAGUGGACGACGAUACAAUACUGAGCGUUACGCGUGUGAGACAAUUUUUAAGUUGUUAUGACGAAAAUGAAAAUGUCGCAAUUGGUGAACGAUACGGGUACAAUGUAGUAUCUGGUUGGGGUUAUAAUUACCUUACGGGGGGAGCUGGAAUAUUAAUAAGUAGACCCUUAGUCGAGAAAUUGUCGACCGAGGGUUGCCAUUGUCCGAGUGUAUCCAGCCCGGAUGAUAUGGUUUUAGGAUUAUGCUUUAAAAAGCUUGAUGUUGAUGUGAUACAUUCUCCAUAUUUUCAUCAGGCUCGACCAAAUGAUUACACUCCUGAAUAUUUGGAAGGCCAAAAACCCAUUACAUUUCAUAAAUACUGGAUGCUGGAUCCUUUUAAUGUAUACCAAAAAUGGUUUUUAUCCAAAGACGUGGAAGAGGUUAAAGAUGAACUGUAA